GGCGCUUACAUUCCAUUUCCGUUUUCUUAAAGACUAGGUUUUAAAUGUCGGAAAUUUCAAUACUGUCUUUUCAGUGUACUGCACAAGUUAUUUUCGUUACAUUAUGUUGUAUUGGUAGCCUAGUGUUAUUUUCUAGUAAUAGCAAGAAUCCAUCAUAAUGGCGAAUAUAGAUUUAGAGUUUGAGGAAUUUAUGAAAGAGCCACUGUCAACCGGCGAGUCACCCGAUUCCAAUCCAAGCUCAAGACACGAUGUGAAAGAAACUCUCCCAAAACGAAGAAAGUUUUGGUGGAUGAAAGAAAGGCCUCAGAUUGAAAAAACGCCCACAGAAGUUGCCAGCAAUAGAAGGUUCUUCAGUGGAGUUGUUAGUGAUGGCACUCGGUUGGAGGGAGGUUAUGCUACCGUGUCACAAACGAUUAAGGAUAUAAACGUAGCGAAGGUUCCUGCUACUGCUUCCCCUGACAUAUCGUCUUCAAUGGCAGACUUUCUUGAAAAAGAGAAGUUGUGCAAGGAACUGAGCAACAGCAUUUCAGAAGUAGACAGUCCUGCAGUGGAGUUUCAAGGCAACGAUGUUACUGAUGAUGAGAUUAGCAGCAUUAUGGAGCAACUCAGCCAGUUGGCUGGCAGUACAGAUGACAGUGCAGCAGAUAAGAGUGUAGAGGAAAUCUUAAAGGAGGCUGAGGAACUUGUACGAGAAACAUCUCAUAGUUUCUCACGGUUCUCGAACAAAAGUGACCAGCUGAAAUCUCCAACAACACCAGGCCUAGUCAUCAGGAGCAUGCCUGUCAACCCAGUGCAUGCAUCCAUAGAUAACAAACAUUUCGUUAUGGAAGGAAACGAUGAAGACAGCCAGAGCAGCAUCAACAGACCAGGCACUGCCCCCAGAACUCUUACAAGAAUAAAUAAUAAAUCAGCGGGUUGGAAAAUGAUAGACAAAGGUGAACAGCUUCGAGGCAGCAUAUUGGGUUCAGUCCAUCAGACUUCUGGGAAGAUAGAUGUUAGACCUGGUGUGGAAGAAAUCAGUGGUGAUAAGUUUGGUGAUUUUAGACAAGUUGCUCAUUCAGAUAUCCAUGAAAAUAGUGGUGCAAGAACAGAUGGUGGAUAUACUGAUGUAGAAUGUAUGAUGUCAGGCACAAAAUCUGCAAAACAUUUAGGAAAUUAUUCAGGUAGUACAAACAAAAGGAAAGAUUUAUUAAAGAAAGAAAAGACUGUAACGUUUGAAGAUGGUCUUUCUUUGUUUCCAAAAUCAGCAAGUAGCAUGAGCAAGAUAUGUCACAGUGUAGAACAAAGUUCUAGUCAAAAAUUACAUGAGGGUGAAAGUAUUUCCAAGAAAAAGUCAGAGGCGUCGAACAAAGAGGAUAAUGUGCUAACUGUGGAAACUGUCACUUUGCAACCGGGCGCUGAAGAUGAACAGUUUGUAAGAGGGGAGAAACAUGGAGACCAGCAUUCCAAAGUGUUAACAGUUUCCCCUCCACUGAUCCAACAUGGUGAGACUGUAGGCACUCCAGAUGCAAUCUUCCAGCUAAUUGACAGUGAAGUGAGAAGUGAGAUAGUUGCAGCUUUACAAGAAUCACAGAAAAAUUCUAGUCAGGACUCCAGCCAUUCAUCGUUGAACACAGAGAAAGAAAAGGAGGAGAUAUUUGAUCAUGGUAACAAUGUGAGAAGUACGAUGAUACAUUCGCUGGACAGUGCUGGUAUUUCAUUUACUAAAAAGCCGCUGUCGACUGUGCAAGAAGAAUCGAGUGUGUCAGAGUCUUCCUUAGGAGUGGACAAAUUGAAGGAUGCUAGUACAGUGACAGCAAGGAAACAGUCAAGUGGCAGAUGUGUUCAAGUGACAGACACUUCAUUGAUAGAGCAUGUAGCCACUUUGGAGAAGGAUCUGCUUCAAGAACAAAACAUGUCAUUGCAGCUUAAAAGCAGGCUUGAAUCAGGGGAGCAAGAACACAAAAAACAGCUGGAUGCAUUGAAAUGCAGACAUGAAGAAGAAAUAUUAACCCUGAAGAAGGAAGUCUACAUUCUAAAUGCAAAGGUCAUGGAUUUCGAGAAAGGACAGGAGAGCUCUGCAAUGGGGAAAGGAGAAGGGGACAUUCACGUUAAUGAUGGUACUGUCAGGGAGCAUCGAAUCACCCUUUUGGAGACAGAACUUCAGCAACAGGAGCACCUAAUACUGGGCUACCAACGUGAGAAUAUUAAGCUAUGUCAGGAAAUGAAGCAGCUUAAGGAGGAGCUGAAAGCAAGGGAGCAGAGUUUUGCAACACAGCGACAGCAGUUUUCAUUAGGAGGGCAAUGGCAGGAUGUAGAGGGUCUUAAGGAGCAACUCAAAGAUAAAGAUGAAGCGAUACUAAGGCUGCAGGUUGAAGUGCAAUCUCUUCGGGAAAAGAAUGGCAGUUUGGAACAAAAUGCUAAACAGCUUAAGUUAAUCAUCACAACUCUUCAAACGGAGUUAGAGAAGCACAAAUGUGUUGCUGUCACAACUGCAGCCCCACCACUCAAAGUAACCCCCACGAACCAUGAACUGGAUCAUGUCAGGAAGGAACUGGCUAAAAAGGAAAUGGAAUUGGAGAAAAUACACAAGGAGUUUGAACCAACUAGGAAGGAGGCAGAAACUGCUAAAGCCGAGGUGGCUGAAAAUAAACUUCAGGUGGGAGCUUUGGAGGCAAAGGUGUCAGAGUUGCAGGGCUUUCUUGCAAAGGAGCGUGCACAGACUCGAGCACAUAACCUCAGAACUGAAGAAGAUAAAAAGAAGAUACAGGAUCUCAACAGACAGGUAAAGGAAAUGGAACAGAUCUUGAAACGGAACCAUCCGGACUCCAUCUCAGCUCUGAUUUUGACAGCUAACAGUGAGGGAAGCGAAGCAUCGCCCCGUUUCAAGUACCUUGAGAACCGAGUGCAGCAGUUGGAACAGGAACUGUCUAAGAGCGAGACAGAUGCUCAAGUCGGUGUCAGGGAGAUCCAGGACAAGUUCCACUCCAUGAAGUUGAAAUAUGAGGAACACACAUCAGACCUAGAGCUUCAGCUGGCAAGUGCAAAACAUCAGGCACACAUGUGGAGACAAGCUGCAGAGAAGAAUGAGGCCAGACUUGCAGCAGAGAGGAAGGCAGAAGAACAGCCCAUACGAGAGAUGAAGCAAAAUAAAAAGACAGCAGCACCUCCCAUGGUCAUCACUGUUGGGGCACCCCCAGCUAAUGCUCUGGCUGUGCGGGAAGAUGCACAUCUAUUGGCAACAAUACGAGGUCUAAAACUUGAGUUGGCAGCCAAGGACAAAGAUCUGUUGAAAAUCCGUAGAGAUCUCGAUGAAUCUACCAAGACAAACCGAAGGUUGCAGAGGGAGAGAGAGCGCCAACUGGGUGUUGUAGCUCCUACCAGACCACCAGCAGUUAGGGGGGCAGCAAAGCAAGAACAAGUGAGUGAAACCAGUCAGUGGUCAGGAAAUAAAGUGUAUGACCCAGCGCAGUUUGAGCCAUCCAUUCCUGGUCAGAAGGAAGGUGUAGAGAGACUGGAGCAAGAGAAUGGUAUGUUGCGAGAGGAGCUGUUGCGUCUUGAGGAAGAUUACCGUAGUCUCCAGACAAAACGUCUGCAAGAUCUGAACUUGCUGCAAAAGCAGCACGAAGCAGAAAUGGGCCGUCUCAUCUCGGAUCACAUGGCGCGACAUUCCAAUUCUCGCAUUGCUGACCUUCAGGGCCAACUCAGCACACAGCAGAUAAUUAUUAGUCACCUGAAGGAUCAGCUUAAGCAGUUGGAUGAAUAUCGAGAGGAGAUAGAGGUGCUAAGAGCAGAAAGAGAUCACUUAGAGAAGAGCAACAUGGAUCUCAGGAAGAAAGUGUCUGACUUCCGGAGCAUGCAGACACCAGAGAUGCUUCAGUAUGAAGGGCUGCAAGAGAAAUUGUCUGAACUAGAGCGUAGACAUGAAGCUCGUGAACAGAAGCUACAAGCAAUGGUGCGUGACCUGCUCCGACGCAACACAGAGCAACGCGCAGUUACAGGGGAUAAUAGAAGUGCUACAACUAUGAAGGAGAAGCUGCUUGACAAGAAUCGCCAGCUUUGCUUAUACCGUGCUGAGAUGGACCGUAUUCUUGAGACACUUCGAGAAUUUAAUAGGCACCAAAAGUCUGGUAGCACUGUUCAACUUGCACCUGACUGAAGCUGUAUCUAUAUUUAAUAUAAGUUAGGCAUUCCACACGUUUCCCAUGACAUGGUGUAGCAGCUCCAUAGGAAUUCCUGCAAUUUUUUCAUGAGUUAUUGCUUUCAACUCUUCAAUGUGAUAUGGGCAGUGAGUGUACACUUUGCAUUUUAAGUGCGCCCAUAAAAAAUAGUUGCUUUCUGGAAGCUCUGGGGAUGUUGGACGCCAAGGAAUGUUAGCAUUCCUGGAGACGAUGAUAUGAGAAGGCAGUCAUAUAGUGCCGUUUGACGCCCUGGCACAUCUGAAUUUGAGCCAUCUAGUUGAAACGAGAUGGCCUACCCAGUCAUGAUGUCACAGUUUCCUUCCCAUUACCAUCUUAAACAAAUUAUGGGCCAGUAAUGCAGUGAAAUAAAUUUCACCCCUCAUUGUUACCUGGUCACUCUGCAGUUAGGAAGUGUUUUCUUCUGAUCAAUAAUGAAAAUUUUGUUUAUUCACAAAUCCAUGUAGAUAAAAGUGAGGCUCAUUGGAUGCCCAUAGAUUGUGAAUAAAGUCAUAGCCAUAGCCCAUUUAAGUCACCAUUUCUUGACAGAUUUUAUGGGUAAGGAGUUACCAAGGUGUUAAUUCUUGCAUUGUCUGUACCUUGUAAGAUGGGAAUUUAAUGACUCCACUGUUCCAUGGUUAAAUAGCAUCAUGUGGACAAGAGGAUGUUGGGUGAAGCAAUCCCCACUACCACCACCCUUGUAACUAGAAAACUGGGUUUUAGAAUUGCCCAUUUCACUGCUCCACCUGUACUUUCCCUGAUAGUUCCAAUCUACUGGAUAAAGAAGAAGGUUUAUGGAUACAAGUGACCAAUACAGUUAAAGAGACAUUGUCCUUGCCAAGCUGUAAGAAUCCUUACAGUGACAAAGUCAAAAUUCUAAGAAUAUAUUAAUGGCAGGAUUUGUGGUAUGAAGCAUUUGCCAUGAAUUAUAUUUUUUGUAUUGAUUACUGGAAUAGUUGUACUUUGAUAGUGAAUGUGUUAAUUGGUGUUAAAGUAUCAUGGCCCAGUUCCAUUUUAUUAUUAUAGAUGGUUUUCUUGUGCAUAACAAAAUUAUACUUCCAUUACAUUAUAGACAUGUUCAAUUUAAGAGGAUGCUUUGUAGAAAUUGAAAAUAUUCUUGGGAGCCACACUAAUGCAUUUGUGAGCCAAGUGAAAAUACCACUUUAAUGGAAUUCUGAAGUAUAUUCAUAGUCCAUUUCAGUCUGUGUUUAACCUGGGUUUAAUUUAUUUUCACCUUAAUUAUACAGUGUUUCUAAAACUGUCGAACUAAAUAUUGAAGAUUUUUGGAGAGUUGUUGCCUAAUCAAAUAUAGAUUACAUUUCUUGAAUACUAUGCUUAAUCCUGAUGAGGUCAUUGGAUUUUUUUCAGUUGACCUAAUCCUUCCAGCCGCACU